GAGGGUGUGCUAAUGUUUACAACCAUUUGGCUGUCAAUCAUUUCAUCGUAAAAACUGGGAUUUGGUCGAUAUUUCAGCAGCAUAUGUAUCGACAAAGUGCAUAAUGGUGCAAACUAAAUGACCUCGUCUCGCAAUCAGGGUUUUGUUGCCUGUGAUUCCCCUGGUUGCUCUCGAUUCACUGCGUUACACAGUGGAUUUGAAUCUGCAUCUGGAAAUAGUAUUUCAGUCUGUAAAUUUAGCUGGUGAACAGUGUCCUGAUGGAGUGGGUGUUCAUCAUGAACCGGAUGAGCUCUCAGGGCAGCUCUGCAGCCCAGCGAAGGCGGAUGGCCCUGGGGGUGGUGAUACUCCUGCUGGUGGAUGUCAUCUGGGUAGCCUCCUCUGAGCUGACCUCGUACAUUUUCAAGCGACAGGAGUACAACAAACCCUUCUUCAGCACAUUCACCAAGACCUCCAUGUUUGUACUGUACUUGCUGGGUUUCCUGCUUUGGCGGCCGUGGAGGCAGCAGUGCACCGGCACUCUGAAACGGCGGCACUCUGCGUUUUUUGCUGAUGCCGAGGCCUACUUUGCACCCUGCACCACUGACACCACUGUGAGCAACUGUUUGAGUGAACCUCUGUAUGUUCCAGUGAAGUUCCAAGACCUACCUGCAGAGCACUCAAAUUAUCUGAUGGGAGACUGUGAAACUUCAGCUUCCAAAAAGCAACGGGUGCGUUUUAGUAACAUCAUGGAGGUGCGUCAGCUGCCCUCUACUCAAGCCCUGGAGGCCAAACUGUCCCGCAUGUCCUACCCAGCUGCCAAGGACCAUGAGGCCAUGUUACGCACAGUGGGCAAGCUAACUAUCACUGAUGUGGCCAAAAUCAGCUUCUUUUUCUGCUUUGUGUGGUUCUUGGCUAACCUGUCAUAUCAAGAAGCCCUGUCCGACACGCAGGUUGCCAUUGUCAACAUCCUGUCAUCCACCUCAGGCCUGUUCACGCUCAUCUUAGCAGCCAUAUUUCCCAGCAACAGCAGCGACCGUUUCACCUUGUCCAAACUGUUGGCUGUGGCUCUAAGCAUGGGAGGUGUUACCCUGGUUAGUUUCUCCAGCAUGGACAACCCUGAUGAGAAAGGCGUCAUGGGUUCUUUGUGGUCGCUGGCGGGGGCGAUGCUGUACGCUGUCUACAUCGUAAUGAUCAAGAGACGAGUGGACCGGGAGGAUAAGCUUGACAUCCCCAUGUUCUUUGGGUUUGUGGGUCUGUUCAACCUGCUGCUGCUGUGGCCUGGCUUCCUCCUGCUCCACUACACGGGCUUCGAGGCCUUUGAGCUUCCCAGCCAGCUGGUGUGGACGUACAUCCUUAUCAACGGCCUCAUUGGAACGGUUCUGUCUGAAUUCCUCUGGCUCUGGGGCUGUUUCCUCACAUCGUCUCUGAUCGGGACUCUGGCAUUGAGCCUCACUAUCCCGCUCUCUAUUAUGGCAGAUAUUUGCAUGCAGAAGGUACGUUUCUCGUGGCUGUUUUUUGCCGGGGCGGUCCCUGUCUUCCUCUCCUUCUUCAUCGCUGCGCUCUUAUGCCACUACAACAACUGGGAUCCUGUCCUGGUGGGGCUGAGGAGAGUGUACGUCUUCAUUUGCAGGAAACAUCGCAUUCAAAGAUUGCCAGAAGACAGUGAGCAGUGUGAAAGCCUUAUUCCCCUCCACCAGGUCUCCCACAACGAAGCAAGCUUCUGUUCGUGAACCAGCAGUCAAAAACAAAGUGGUGAAUGUGGAUCUCUUUGAGCAGACAAUCUGGAAAGCCUUCAGAGACAUUGAACUACCCCAGUGCCUUCUAUUAAAUCUAUUUAUUUUCUACAGUGUUGAGACGCCGCAUCCAUUUCUACAAACUCGUUUUUUAUUUUCACAUUCCGGUCAUCACAGACUGAUCUUUUUUGUUUUUAUUAUUUCUGUUCAAAAAAGAAACCUCAUGGUUCUCAAGGUGCUGGACAUUAUCAGUGAUUACUAUAUUGUCAUGUGACCAAAAUGAAACGGUACAUUUUGAACUUGAUCAUAACACUAACAGAGGCAGAGUAAAUGUGUGUUUCUUUAAAAUAAUCUGAAAUCAGUGUUCAGAGUUCACAAUAUUUUCCAGAGGAACAUUGUUCCGUUCUGGACUUCAUCAUGUUAGUCUAAGGGCCUUUUGAAGCCUUGCUGCUUGUUUGUAAGUGUAUGUGUGCAGCAGACACAGUGCAUUCUCACAAAGGACAAUCUGUCAGACAUGUACAUAAAAUGUUUGCCUUUUGAUUUGUCUGCCUUUAAUGGAGAAAGCCUUGCUUUUUCAUAAAUCAGCCAUGUGACACACCUCAUAUGAUGAGUCAGUCAAUAUGGCCGCAUUGUUUUCAGGACAAGCGUUGUGGUAGAAUCAGAAACGCAGCACAUUGAUGAGUUCAUGUUACUCAGCUUCGGCAGCUUGGGUAACAACAAAACCGUUCAGAGUGACCUCUGCGUGUGUUGUGAGAUAUUCCUUCAUGUGAUAGUAACACUGUCCUGAUAGGAUUCAACAUUAACAAUACUUGGUAAGAAAUAUCACAUGUUUUUUUUUUUUUUUUUUUUAUCUUUUAGUCUUAAUUUUCUUCCGUCAUGGAAACCUUUUGUAAGUCCGACAUGAAGAAGAGUGAAAUCACACUACAGCUGAACAAGAAAGCAUCCGAUCCUUCAGCAACUUUUGUUUCCCUCUGUACCUCCGACAGUGCUGGAUCAUGAAGACAAACUGUGAUAGAGAUGUAAUCUUUGUGCUUGAGUAUGAACUGAUACUAAGCCUUCCGCUAUAAGCUACAACACGCCUUGCUGCAAUAACGGUCGUCUGCUCGAAUGAGCAGUUUCCUUUGUUCAAAAUGGGUGUAAAUACUUUACACAGUGAAGCAUUAACAGAGUAUUGAUGUUUUGUUUGUGAAAUUCAGAUGACCACUACAGAUUUUUCUGUCCGAGAUUGUGUAAUGUUUUAUAUUUUCUGUAUCAUUGUAAAUUAAUACUGCCAGAGGAAGAGCUUGCAUAACAGCCAAAUGACUUGCAUUACAUAACUGAGAUUAUAUAUCACAUCGAUUGGACUGUUGUAUAUGACAUUAGUUUUUUCAUAAGCAAAAAUGAUUUUUUUCAGUGUAUUUGUGAUUUCAUGAGAAAAAAAAGCAUUUCUAUUAGCCCUCAGUGUCUGACAUGUAAUCCAGGAUGUAAACACUACAGUUGAAGGGGAAAUGUCAAUGUUAUUCCACAGCCUGUUAAAUGUUGGAUGUGUGUACAUCUUUAUGGAGUGUUUAUUGCACUCAGCAUUGACUGGACGUAUGAAGUGGAGGAAGUAAUAACUGUCCUGUGAGGGUGAAUUAACAGGUUGAGCACUUUAAGUGACAGAUAUAAACUCGUUCAUGUUCAUUAUUGUACUUGCUGUGUUUUUGCCAAUCAGUCCCUCAUGUCACAGUUGCAAGUAUAAAAGCUUUUUUAGAUGAUUAGUUUCCCAUGUUCUCUGCGUAGACUUUAAUGGUGCUUGUGGAAACAUGGAUAUGAUUUUUCUUUCUUUCUCAGGUUCUUUGUCUUUUUUUUGUUUUAUUUCUGAGUAAUUUCUCUUUUAAGUGUCAUUAAUGAAGAUGUUUUAACAUCUAAAAGAAGGCUGUAAUAGUAACUUCCCGUUUAUCAACCUCGGCUCUUGAAUUAUUCUUUUAUUUUGCAAGUCUGUUUUCAUACUUACGCUGCACUAUUAAAACAU